CCAGAAGUUCUAGAGAAGAGAAUCCGUGAGUUGCAAUUGCGUAUUGCGUUAUUUUUGAUUAUACGCAACAUACACUAAUUUCACAAAAGUUAUUAAGUUACAGAAAAUAUCGAUAGUGAAAGAAUUUAUUGGUUUUUUUUAUGAUUGUUUAUGGAUUUUGUGCGAUUAUGAUGAUAAUAACCUCGGGAAUUUUCAAUUAAAAGUUUUCCGUUUAAAUUCACAACAGUAAAAUGGAGUCUGAUGUGAUUUGUAUAUCAUCAGAAGAUGAGAAAAGUGAACCACGACGAAAGGUUACUAAGGAGAAAAUAGAGAAUAUUUCUCCGAUUAACAAAGUAAAUAAAAUUACCAAUGGAAUAUCGAGUAAUGGAGUAAAUAAGAUAUACACCAUUAAAAGUGCUGGUAAUUUAACCAAAGACAAAGUGAAUCAAAUAUUGAAAACCAAUGGUGUUUUGCAAGCUGCCAAGGAAACAAAAGUCGUAGAUAAAAAUACAGAGGCAAAAAUGAAUGUUCCUAUAGUUCAAAGUCCAAUUUUUAAAACCGGCGAGGUUUCAAUAAUAAAAAGAAAAAUUAAUGAUGAUUCGGACACAUCAACACCAACAGUAAAACGAAUAAAAUUAACAACUCUUUCUACCACGACAACAAUAAAAAGAACCUCAUCAGAUGAAAAAAUAACUAACGAUAUUAAAAUAAAUGCCGAAAAUAAAUCCAAUGACAAUAAGAAACUAGAAAAUGAAAAUACUUCCAAAACAACCGAAAGAGAAGCAUCGCCAACUCCCGGAUGUUCCUGGUUUCCUGAAGUGCAAAAACCACAAUUGAUAAUAAAGGAAAAAAAAUCACUGUACGACGAUGAAUUCGAUUUAUUUACAACAUUUCUAGAAACUUGUCUGAAAAAAGACAGUACAGAGGAUAUGAAAAAAAUUAUCAAAAAACUAAAAAAUCGUCACGAGCGUCUAAAUCCUUCAUUCCUAAAUGGUCCAGUAUUCAAACAAUUACUUAUUGAUAAGCAAAAAGUAAUUGAUCUCAAUGACGAUAAAUUGUACAGUCACAUAACGGAAGUUAACGACGAAAUGAAAAAUGCUGAGAAAAAUAAUGUUUUAGAGGAACGUAAAAAUGUGAAAGAGGAGAAAAUUAUUAUCAAUAAUAAUGAACAUGAAGAUAAAGAUGAAGAAGAUUCACACGAGGAAAAACGAAAGAGAAGAAAGGCACGUGAAAUACUGAGUCGUAUAGAGUCAGUUAAGAAGAGAAUAAAACAACUGGAGAUGCAGGAAGUUGAAUUUAGCGAUGAAUCAGAAAGUACUUAUUUAGUCGAGGAUCGUUAUAAGAAAAAAUUGAUGCAACUUUGGAGUGCUUAUUGCAAAUAUACGGGAAAAGCAGUGGAUGCGGGACGCACUUAUUUACGACCAAGAGAUAUUUCAGCGACACAAAUUCAAAAAGUCGAUCAAGCAAUAAUGAAUUUUAUUAAUUCGAAAAUUAGUCGACGUAAUGAACUUAUGAAGAAGGGAAAGUCAAUUAGGGACACUAUUAUUUUUCCUGAUUAUGUCGAUAUUUUGAAUUGCAUUUCACAAUGUAAUGAGAAACAAAAUUUGAGAUUGACUCGAAGUGAGCAGGAAACGAAAGCGAAAGAAGCAUUCGAGAAGAUUGGCGUGUAUUUGCAAAGAUGUCGUCAAAGAGACUAUUGGGAUACGUUUUCAAUUUUCUUGGAUGAAGAAGAUGACGAUCCUUCAUUAAAAGAUCCAGAAUUAUUGGAAAAAUUGAAUCAAAAUGAAGCUUUAGGAAAUCGAAAAAUGGAAAAUCUUUUCGAAGAAUUUGCCGCUAAACAAAAUAAUAUAGGCGAUCAGAAAAAUGCAAACGAUAGUGAAAGUGAAUCGGUAGAUUCAAAUGACGAUGAAGAUGACAAAGAAAAUCCUGAUGAUUCGGCUAAAAAAGAUGAUCAAGCCGAAACAGAAAUCGAUGACGACAGCAGUAAAGAAGAAAAUGAGAACAAUAGUUCAAAUAAGGAGAAUGCGGGAAAAGAAGAUUCAGAUAAAAAUUCGAAUAAAUCGAAUAAUGAAAAAAAAAUUAUCGAGGAAAAUAAAACUAAUGAAGAAAUAUUAACCAACGAAUCAACAAUGAGUGCAGACGAAAUAAAUUCCAAUCAAUCAUUAACUGGAAACAAAAGUAUUUCUAAAAGUAGUUUAUCAGAAGUUAAAGAAACUGAUGCCGAUGUAAUUGACAUCGAUGACGAGUCAAAUGUGGACAAGCAACCACUAGUUCGUCUACGUUCAUUUGCCAAACCCCCAACAUCCUGGAAAGAUUCCCAAGGCGAUGGUUCAACAUUGUUGAAAAAAUAUGUCACUAUAACCGAAAAAUUAUCACCCACAACAACUCCAAUUAUAAGAAAAUUCGUCACAUCAACACCAAAGGCAUGUACAAUUCUAAAAGCAUCGUCGUCGUCCUCAUCAUCAGCAUCUCCAGCACUUGUCGAUUUAACAUCAGAGAAAAAAGACGAAUCAAAAUUAUCAACAACAAUCAAUAAAUCCAAAACCGUUAUGCUGCCAUCGAAUUUCAAGGGAAAGCAAAUAAUUAGUGUUAAAAAUAUAACAAAUAAUUAUAAUGUGCGCGUUAAUCAAGUGCCGGAAAAAAUAAUACCAAUGAAAGUUAUACCGAAAACAGUGAAUUCCAAUCAAAUUGUCGGCAACAAACAAAUAAUCUAUCAUUCGAAUGGUAAUGGAAAAAUUUUAAAUCCAUUGGGUAAAAUUGUUCGAUUGAAAAUCCCACAGAAUUCCGAUACAAAAGUGAUGAAAGUCCUGAAUUUAAAUGAAGCGACGCAAAAGGUGUCAAUGGUAAUACCAAUGAAACCAAUUGUACAAAAACCACGAGUGACACAAAAACAUCCAAUAAAUUCCAAUUCAAAUCAAGUGAAUGAACAAGCAAGUAAAAUAUCGAGGUACGAUCAUCAGUAUUCGAAAAAAAUUGUUAACAAUAUCGUUCGAAUUAUAAAACCCACGGAUCAAUUAGAUAAAGUGGUGACAUUAAAAAAAACUUGACUUAUCGGAAAAUUGUGUUUUGUUUAAAGGAAAAAUUGUUGAAAAAAAAAAUUGCGCACAAUUU